UUGGAAGAGAUCGACAGAAGAAAACGAAAACGCUUCAAAUCAUUAAAUACUUUCAAUUAUAUCCCUUACUUUCUUUGAAUUAUAUACCAAAUCUGAAAUUCUUCACUUUAGUAAACUUUCCAUAUGAGAAACGCUCUUUCUCUCUCUUCUUUCUCUCUCUAACAAGCUAAGAAACCCCAAAAAGGAAAGAAGAAGAAGAAAGCAGAAAAAAAGGUGGAAGCUUUGUUGUUGUUGUUGUUGUUGUUGUUGUAGUUAGUUUCGUUAAUGGCGAAGCGUGGUGCUGAGGAGAUGAUUAAUGAAGCUGUAACAGCAGAAAAAGAGGCUCACCCAUAUGCAUUUCAUGUGUCUGGACCUCGAAAUGUGUCUUCUCUUAAUUGGAGAGAGCUUAUAAAUUCUAGUUGGAAGGAUGGAAACUACAAAAGAACAGUAAUUGCUUGUUUUAUACAGGCAGUAUAUCUGCUUGAACUUGACAGACAAGAGAACAGAAGUGAAGAAACUGCUCUAGCCCCAAAAUGGUGGAUACCCUUUAAAUACAAGCUAGUUCAAACCUUGGUUGAUGAAAGAGAUGGAUCGAUUUUCGGGGCAAUACUAGAAUGGGACAGGUCUGCUGCCCUUUCUGAGUUAAUCCUCAUUAGACCGAGUGGUGCACCAAGAGCUGUAUUAGCACUUAGAGGAACACUCCUGAAGAGCUUAACAUUCCGAAGGGACAUCGAAGAUGACCUACGGUUUUUGGCUUGGGAAAGCUUGAAAGGCUCAAUCAGAUUCAAAGUGGCUUUAGAGGCAUUGAAAUCAGUGGCUGAAAAGUAUGGUAGUAGUAAUGUGUGUAUUGCAGGUCACUCUUUAGGGGCUGGUUUUGCUCUCCAAGUGGGAAAAACAUUAGCCAAAGAAGGGAUAUAUGUAGACACACACUUGUUCAAUCCACCUUCAGUUUCACUUGCCAUGAGCUUAAGAAACAUUGGAGAAAAAGCUGGUUUUGUUUGGAAGAGAUUCAAGUCAAUGCUUCCUUCUUCUUCUUCAACUCAAGUUAACAGUGAAGGUGAAACAAGUAAUAGUAAUAGUAAUAAUAAUAGUUGGUGGGUGCCCAAUUUGUAUGGUUUGAAGAAUCCUGGUCUAGCUUUGGGAAAAUGGGUACCUCAUUUGUAUGUAAAUAACAGUGACUACAUUUGUUGCUCUUAUACUGAUCCUGAUGGAGCAACAGAAGAAGAAGAAAAAGAAGAAAACAAGGGCAACAUUGGUAAAGAGAAUUUGAGGCCUAGAGCAGGACAAAUGGCAGCUAAGCUGUUUGUGAUGUCUAAGGGAAACCAAAAGUUUCUUGAAGCACAUGGAUUGGAGCAAUGGUGGUCUGAUGAUUUAGAACUUAAUCUUGCUCUUCACAACAGUAAGCUCAUAAGUAGGCAGCUGAAAUCCUUGUAUAGUCUUCCAAAUCCAAAAACACAGGGAAAGGAAAGCCUAGCCUAGCAUGACAUGACAAUAAACAACAAAAGGUUUGGUUGUUAAAAUAACUCAUUUGUGUAUUGUGUUUGUCUGCAAUUAUUAUUUAUUUUAUUUAUUAUACAGUGUGGAUACUUUGCUAAAAUUGAUAUUGGAUGAAAUGUUGAGAGACUAGUCUCAUACACACUUUGGUCAAAGCAUUAUAUACUAUCAACCAAGCCAUGAUAUAGUGACUGAAUUUGUUUUUAAUUUA